UUACCCUACGUGUAAGGAAUUUCCAUUAGUUAAUAUUACUACUCCUAGAACAAAUAAAUAAAAUCAAAGACAAAACAUUAACACAACAACAUCGUCGUAGGUACAGUGUUUUUUUUAUAGAUCAGAUUCAAAAAGAUAAUAACAGAACAAAACAGAACAAAACAGAACACAUUCAUAACCCAUUACGUUUUCUUUUUCUCUCUAUUUAUUUCUUCUGCUAAACUAAACUUCUUACAUCUUUUCAAAACUUUCCCUCCAUUGUUGAAAGCUAUGGAAACCAUCUCAGUUUCCAAGUUUCUUCUUUUACUUUUCUUCUCUCUCUUCUUUCUUGGUUCUCAGUUUGUUCAUUCUAGUGUUACUUAUGAUAGAAAAGCUAUCAUCAUUAAUGGACAAAGAAGAAUCCUUAUUUCUGGUUCCAUUCACUACCCAAGAAGCACCCCUGAAAUGUGGGAGGAUCUGAUUCAGAAGGCAAAAGGUGGAGGGUUGGAUGUUAUUGAUACUUAUGUGUUUUGGAAUGUUCAUGAACCUUCUCCUAGUAAUUACAAUUUUGAAGGAAGGUACGAUCUGGUACAGUUCAUUAAAACUGUUCAGAAAGUGGGUCUCUAUGUACAUCUUAGGAUUGGUCCUUAUGUAUGCGCUGAGUGGAACUUUGGAGGUUUUCCUGUUUGGUUGAAGUAUGUUCCUGGGAUCAGUUUCAGAACAGAUAAUGGUCCUUUUAAGGCUGCAAUGCAAGGUUUUACUCAGAAGAUUGUUGAGAUGAUGAAGAAUGAAAAGUUGUUUCAAUCUCAAGGUGGACCAAUUAUUCUUUCGCAGAUUGAGAAUGAGUAUGGACCACAAGGAAGAGAACUUGGAGCUUCUGGUCAUGCAUACUCAAAUUGGGCUGCAAAGAUGGCUGUUGGAUUAGGUACAGGUGUCCCUUGGGUGAUGUGUAAGGAAGAUGAUGCUCCAGAUCCAGUGAUAAAUAGUUGCAAUGGUUUUUACUGUGAUUAUUUCUCUCCCAAUAAACCAUACAAGCCUAAACUAUGGACUGAGUCUUGGACUGGCUGGUUUUCGGAAUUCGGUGGACCUGUUCCUCAGCGACCGGUUGAGGAUCUAGCAUUCGCGGUUGCUCGGUUCUUACAAACAGGCGGUUCAUUUUUUAAUUAUUACAUGUAUCACGGAGGAACUAAUUUCGGACGAUCAGCUGGAGGACCAUUCAUAACUACGAGCUAUGACUAUGAUGCUCCAAUUGACGAAUACGGUUUGUUAAGGGAACCUAAAUAUGGUCACUUGAAGGAUCUUCAUCAAGCUAUCAAACAAUGUGAACAUGCUUUGGUUUCUUCGGAUCCUACUGUUACAUCAUUAGGAACAUAUGAACAGGCACAUGUAUUCUCUUCAGGAACGACGUGUGCAGCUUUUCUAGCAAACUAUCAUUCAAAUUCGGCUGCGAGAGUGACAUUCAAUAAUCGGCACUAUGAUUUGCCUCCUUGGUCCAUAAGCAUCCUCCCUGAUUGUAGAACAGAUGUAUUUAACACUGCAAGAGUGAGAUUUCAUCCUUCACAAAUACAAAUGUUCCCUAGCAAUUCUAAGUUGUUAUCAUGGGAGACCUAUGACGAAGAUGUAUCGUCGCUAGCGGAAAGUGCCAGAAUCACAGCUUCUGGACUUCUAGAUCAGAUAAGUGUUACUCGAGACACUAGUGACUAUCUUUGGUACAUAACCAGUGUUGACAUAAGUUCAUCGGAAUCAUUUCUUCGCGGAAGGAACAAGCCCAGCAUUAGUGUGCAUUCCUCUGGCGAUGCCGUUCAUGUGUUUAUCAACGGAAAAUUUUCAGGCUCGGCUUUUGGGACAAGAGAACAGAGAAGUUGCACGUUUGACGGCCCUAUCGACCUACGAGCUGGAACUAAUAAAAUAGCACUUCUCAGUGUAGCUGUUGGAUUACCUAAUGGUGGAAUCCAUUUUGAAUCGUGGAAGACAGGAAUCACGGGUCCAGUUUUGCUCAAAGGUCUCGAUCACGGACAAAAAGAUUUGACAUGGCAGAAAUGGUCAUACCAGGUCGGUCUAAAAGGCGAAGCGAUGAAUCUGGUAUCUCCCAACGGUGUAUCAUCUGUUGAUUGGGUGAGAGAGUCAUUAGCUUCUCAAAACCAGCCACAGUUGAAAUGGCACAAGGCCUAUUUCAAUGCACCUAAUGGUAAUGAACCAUUGGCAUUGGACAUGAGCAGUAUGGGAAAAGGUCAAGUAUGGAUCAAUGGACAAAGCAUAGGAAGAUAUUGGAUGGUUUAUGCCAAAGGUAACUGCAAUUCUUGCAACUAUGCCGGAACUUAUCGUCAGGCGAAAUGUCAGCUUGGUUGCGGACAACCUACUCAACGAUGGUACCAUGUUCCGAGGUCAUGGUUAAAGCCGACAAAGAAUUUGAUGGUAGUUUUCGAGGAAUUAGGUGGGAAUCCUUGGAGAAUAUCUCUGGUAAAGAGGAUAAUACAUACUCCAAGAACUAGUGAAUCAAAUUUAAUGACUAAUACAACACGAGUAUGAGACGCCAAAUGGCGAUCGCCGAUCGACAGAACUACAUAUAGAAGGGUCAUAUUUAUGAAGAAUAAAAAAAAUGCAGGUGUGGAAUUUCUAUAUAGCUUCUAUUGUCAUUAUACAAAAGUUGUGUGACCAAGUUCAUUCUUAAUCUAUUCUUUGAACUUGAGUGUCAAUUUAUUUACUUGAAAGAGAGAAAACUACAGAAUUCAGAAAUGUUAGUUCUUUCUACGCACUCAUUUGUUUGUAUCUAAUAUCUGUGAACCUAUCUAUCUACAAAUGCAAUUAUUUAGGUGGUUGGCUUAUUCAAUAA